CAGAUAAAUGUUAAGUUUUGAUUUUAAAUGCAAUUCAAAAUUAGCUAUGAAAUAAUUUUCAACGCGUAAAAUUAUCGAAAUUAGAAUUAAAUAUAUUUGUACAAUACGUAAUUUAAAGUUUAUAAAAUGUGACUUCAGAGAUUUUAUUACUAACUUUAUUACUAAAAAAUAUUUCAUGGUUUUGUUAAGGGUUCCAUUUUCGAUACAUAUUAUUGUUUUAUAUAUCGUUAUAACGAUAGAAUGGCUUGUUUAUAGCUGGCUUGAAGUUCACUAUGCAAUUAGAACGUUACUAUACAUAUUAUCUAUUUUAAAUUAAUUUGAAAACGUAAUAACAGGUCAAGUAACUCUGCCUACUGGGACUUGUCUCAAAGCGAUAAUACAAAAUGAUAUUGUUUGCUACUUUCGCUUGAGCAACUACUUCUUAUCCGCUGCUAAGAAUAUAAAGCACACCGAGUUUCAUGUUAAUAGGUUUAAAAGUGAUAUGAGGGAUCUCUUCCAUCCUUUUUUUUCAUUUGUUCACUUUCUUAUGCAGUUCCGGUUCUCGCUGUAAGUACGGUGAUCCGCGAGUACUCUCGUUCUCUCUCACACGUCCGCGUAUUUCACGGUAAACGUAAAAUAGCACGUGGAAUUCCACGGGAACACCAUUGAAUUUACGUCUCGUGAGAAACUCGUAAGCAAUAGCUGGCCGCUCAAAUCUGUUCUGCGCUCGAUUUUAUGCUAUCCUUGCUCCCCUUUCACUCCUCACCCUUUGUUUUCGAUAAUUUAGUUGAAUAUUAGAACUUACAAACACAGUAACGAAGAUGAAGGCUACUAAUUGUUCCUUACACUUUAUCAUGAUGCAGAGAUGUUUCUGCUUGAUUCCUUGUUGCAACUUUUACAAAAUUCAUUGAAUUUCUAUCAAAGAUCUUAUUUCUAGAUUAAAUUAAACAAAGAUCUUCAUAUUAGAAAGUUUUCUUAUCACCUACGUCCAUGAGUUUUACCCUCUGCCGGAGAUUAUGGUAAAGUUUGAUUAUUUUUUCAAAUGUUUCUGUCUCAUCGAAACAAUAAUGGACAUAAUUAAUUACGUAUGAGACGAUAGAAGAAGAAUAUUUAUAUAUAUAAUUAUUAAUACAAGUAGGAGAAUACGAAAAAUUAGUGUAAUUGUCUAAUCCAAGUGAAACUACAUAGUUCUGGCAUAAUUCAGAGCGGUAAUGAACGUUCCUCAGGAAGUGACCCACUUUAGUUUACCCUGUGUUUAUUUUCCAUGGUUAUUGACCAUUGUGAGAAGUGCACGAGCUUUUCUAAGCGUAUUCGUUCAUGAAUUUUCAUCUGCUGUUAGGAAUGCGAUGUAUUUAUUUUAACUAUCAUUGAAUAAAAUAUAUCUUAUUUCUCACGAAACGUAUCAAAUUGUUUCGAUAAAUUCAACGUAUUUAUCGAAUAUUCUAAAACAUGAAAUUAUCUAUAUCGCGUAUAGUUUCGUACUAGAAACUAUCUGUAUGUAAAAUAUAUAAAUAUAAUAAUAAAAACGGUUUAAGUUCGGUGUUCAUCUUUAAUCCAAUUAACAACUUAUAUGCUUUUAGGUUACGUUAACGCUAUCACUGCUCGUUUUUGCAUGCAGUACGUCAUCAUGCUUGAAAAAUGAUCCAAGUGAACCAUCCUUCGAUAAUGGUCCAAAUAUUAUUCGGCGCAGUAGAAGGGCCGGAUUAAAUGAAUAUUUAGUCCCACCUCCAAUACCGAAACCUUAUCCGGUGAGGUCUGGAAGAGUAGCAAAUCCUUCGGCAGCGGAAUCUCCAGGAUACUUUACACAAUUGAUGAGCUGGUUGAACCCUUUUAAUUAUGUGUCUUCAACUUCUACUCCUCUAAAGACAUCACACCUCGAACCACCACCUCUUUAUUCACCACUAACUCAAUCUUACGGCCCUCCACCAUAUAAUUUGCAUCCUGCUUUGCAACCUGGACCGUCUAUUCAUCCUCCACUUGGACCUCAAAUUGAUCCAUCUUUGCACUCUUCUAUCGGUCCAUUUCCUCCUGUUCAACAUACCGGUCCACCUGCGGCAGCUCCUUCUAGUGGACAUCCGGAUGCAUCUUUUAAUCUUCCUGCUCGCCCAUCCUUACAAUUGUACAACCCUUCAACGAUCUUUCACGGUAUGCAACGCGCUUUCCCAACUGCGAAAGACAAUCGCGGUAGUUACGUAGCGGCGAAUAAAGGGAAACAUUGUAAUCCUUGUAACAAAGUUCCUUGGAUUCCGAUGCAAGAUAGCGGACUUCAUUCGGACAAGUAUCCGCUUCCUACGCAACUUUCAAACGGUUAUCUUCCUCCUAACAAUCAAGGAAAUCACGACGUCCAAUACGCCGCUUCGCAUGAGAUCAGAAUACCAGAACUUUCUCAAAUACCUGUUGAACAAACACCUUUCAACAGCGCAUUACCGCACCCACUGUUGUACCAUGACACGAUACCUCCCCUUUACAAAGCAGAACCUUUUGCUCGGCCGUUUCAAAAUCCUCCUGCAAUCGAAAAUGUGGAACAUUUCAAAUCGCCAGCUUUGCCCGUGACACCGUUAACUGAUCAAGUACACAAAAGCCCCGAUGUUAAGGACGAGCGUUAUAAUAUUUAUGGUAACGACGAUCAAAGAUCCAUUGGAACAGAGAUUAAUCAAGGACAUGUAAGUGCCAUAUCUAAAAGCCACGAGAUCGAGAUCGACAAAGUGCCUGUAGACCACAAAGAAUCAUUUGAUAGUUCGAUUCUCGAUGCUCAGUCUCCGGGAUCGUCGAAUCUCGAAAAUCACGAAUUUCCUAGUCAAAGUGGUAACGGAUACCAUGAACUCUUUCAUCCAAAUCCAACUCCUAUCAGCGAUUUCAAUUACUUACCGCCGGAUCUGAAACCUUCGGCUAGCUUCGCAACUUCCACCUUUCACAAUCAAGAAAGCGAUAGUUUGAAUUAUCAAUAUUCCGGCGAUUUGUCGCCUAGCGGCAGUGUCGUUAAAGAUUCUCAUGUAACGACGCAACCGUCUCUUGCGAGUUCUUUCGUGUCGAAAGAAAGGCCGAUACAUUUUGAGGAAUCGCCGCUGCUAGAUCUGACGAAGAAAGACGAAAGUCGCAUCGAUAUACAAUGGCCAACUUCCACUAUUGGCUAUACCGAUAUCGAUAAUGUAUCCGACAAUACAGCGAAGACGACUACGGAUUAUAAUUUAGAAACCGAAAAUGUAUUUUUCGACGAUUCAUCCGAUUCUGUCAAGUCGACUGAGUCGUAUUCUCUUCCGGAUAUUCAAAAUAUUAAUAGUGUUCUUGGACCUUCAACAAUCGCAACCGUGGAUUUCUCAAAUAGUAAUAUUAAUGAACACGUGGAGACGUCAACGGGUAGUAGAGAAUAUACAAAUCAACAAGACGUUUCGUAUAUUCCACCAUCCGGACAAGCAGGAUAUUUGUGGCCAAGUUUGCUAAUAAAUACACCAAACUUGAAAAAUCAUUCAUCGAAGAAUCACGGUUCCUUGAAUCAUCUUGCUCGAUGGAAUAAUUCUUUGUCAGGAAAUAAGAAUUCUGAAAAGCAAGACAGUAUAGAUACGAAGGAUACGCGAGAUACGCUUCAAAAGCCACAAAAUAUGAAGCGAAAUAAACAAGUACAAGUUAUUAUACCAUACACGUCGGAAUAUACACCGAUUCCGUUCCAACAAUCUUACGGAGAUUGGAGUAUCAAAACUAAUUUUGAACGUACGCAGCCAAGAAAGGUUCCUUCUCGAACCGGAUUGAACGCUGAUAAUUAUCUUCAACAAGAAUCUAGGAAUGAUAUUCGAGUAGUUAAUCAAUUACAAUCACAAUUUAAUGUCAAUAACUCAAAGAAAUCGAACGUGCAAUCGAUAAGACCAUCUUCAACUACUGUAGAAGAUUCAAAAAGCACUACAACAAGAGCAAACACUUCCAUCGAUGUGCGAAGGUUGCAAAAGAAUAUCGAUAACUGGACAAUACAAGAAUAUUCAAGACCUACAACGUCUAGUACAAUUUUACCUAGUUCCUUGCACCCUUAUCUCUCGCCAUCGAAGAAAAUUCCAACGGAGUACUUAACAACAACAGAACCAGCCGAUCGUACAAACGAGUCGAAAGAUCACAAUGAAAUUGUGAAAACUUAUUCUUUGGCUGGCUUCAGUUUCAACGAGAUAGAACAUGAAGGCUCUGCGAGUAAUCGUAUCGAGGAGACCCAAUCGGCCGUAAAGGUGCUACGAAUAGAUAAACCGAAAGUGACAAUUAACGACUUGCACAGCGUAGAUAAGCCCACGAUAGAAGAAAAGUCAACGUGGAAAUCAGACUCUGUAUCGAUAUCAUCUAUUAAUAAAGAACGAGUUUACGUGGUAACGCCACAACCGAUAUCACAAAUACCCUCGAAAAAUGACAUGGAAAAUCGUAAGGAGCAAGGCGAGACAGAACAACCGGAGCGAACAAGUGAAUCGACCGUCAGUGACAUAAGCAACAGCAAGAAUAAUUUCAGUGACUUCGAAGCGAUCGAAAAAGCCUAUCAAGUGCUUCCGCAAGCGGUAAAUAAUCUUGCUGUUGCAUCCACCGGGAAGGAAAACAUUCCUUUAUGGGGAAUUAUGGAACACGAAGAGUUUGCUUCUUUGAAUUUGAACGAAAAUGACGAAGAAGCAGCAGAAGAUAUCGUGGAUGGACCGAUACUUUAUUCUGGACACUCGAAGGUGUCACGAGCUAAACGAUGACAAGCAAGAAUCUCUUAAAUAGGCUGAAAAGCACAAUUUUUAAUUGUGAAUAGUUAACUGUUCGGUCGUUUUAAUCUUAAAGACUUUCUAUUACUUGAUUUGCGUGUAACAGGACACGAAUAAAAUUGUUUUAGCUUUUUAAGUGUACAACCUGAACUUUAUUACGGCCAGUGUAGACUCAUACGUAUUAUUAUAUAGAAACAAUAAGAUGAUUAUUUGUAACAUAAGCAGAUACGUCUGUAAAAAGUAACGUGUUACGAGCGUUGCGAAUUGAGGCUUUCGAAUUUCCCCCUUUUUGCUAUAUAAGAAGGAUUGCUAUAAAAAUACAAUUUCAUCGACGUAACUGUUAUUUGAUCGUGUAAUUACUUUGUAAAUACGUAAAAGUAAACAUACUAUAAGUUUGAUAAAUAGGAUUAAAUUAAUUGUAAGUACGUACUGACAAGAUUGUAUCCACAAAAAUCCAUAAUUAUUUUUGUAAAAUAGUGGAAAAUUCAACAGUUACAGGUUGCUAUAGACUGUCGAAUAAAUUAGAUCAUAAUAACGUUAAUCAUUACUCUGAUGUUGUUAAAAAUCUCUUUCAAUUCUGAAUUUGAAGUUUGCCUUUACGACAUUAAAGAGUAGAACACAGAGCGCACAACGUAUAUGUACGCGUGAAAUGUGUAAAAAUAAACAUUCUUCGACUCGACGAAGUAUAGUUAUAAAAUUAAAGGGACCAUUAUCUAUUUUUUGGCUAUUUUUAAGAGGGGCAGAAUCAACUUUGUAAUGUACUAAACCCUACUGUACUAAUGUAAAUGUAAAUGUAAUGUAACUGAAUUCAAAGUACAUUUAAAAGUUAGAAACUCAAUUUCAUUUUUAAUUAUCUCAAUAAGUUUUUCCCUGGAUAUAUAACUAAAUAUACGUUUUCUUAUACCGUCACUUUCGAUUAUUUUGCACAUUUGGAAGCCACCCAAAAAGAGCUAUUUGUAUUCAGAUACUAUAGCGAUGCACACUCAUACGUAUUCCGCGUACUGCGUGUUUGACAAUGUUUAAGACUUUCUCGAUUAUAUGGUGAAAGGAGACCGUAUUCCGGUUCACGUUGUUUCAUCAAUUGAAAAGUGCGACCAUUUUACCAUGAUUUCGUGACUGAAAUUUACGAUGAUACUCUCUAAUUUUAUUGUGCUUUAAACUUUUACGGAACGAUACGAGAAUUAUAUCAGAAAUUGGUUUAAAGCUGACUAGAAAGUUCUAACAAUGAAUACUUGGAAAAAAAGACACACAUUCGUAUAAAAUUUAUCUUGGAUUCGUAAAUGCAUAUUGAAAUUAUCGGAAUUAUUAAUUUUAUUCUUCUUAUAUAUGUUGACUGAAUACAUACGUUCAAAGAAGAAUUUGACUUUUUAUUAACUUACUUCUAUCCAUUGCAAUAAUCUUAAAGGAAAAUUUCCGUAAUGUGGAACCUUUAUAAACAAACGGAUUCUUCUGCUAAAUAUAAUAAAUAAGAUAUAUAAAAUGCCUUUUUCAAAGUACCAAAUUAUUUGUAAAUUAUAGACCUAAAUUGUAUAUAAGUUAUAGAUGUUUAUAUACAUUAUAUAUACAUGAAAAUAUUAUAUACACACGCGUAGAAAAAUAUAAAAUGACGAGACGUAUGUAUAUUUUCCUACGAUGGAAAUUAAUUAUUUCAAAAUAGGCUUUUUAAAAAAAUAUAUUUAUUCAUUUAACUUACUCAAGCAUACAUAUAUACAUAUGUACAAUUACAUUCGUCCCGAACCAGUUAGAAAUUCUUGGUACUAUCAUGCUUAUUUUUGAAUAUUUACAUUAAUCCGUGUAAUUAAAACCCUUUUUAAAAUAUGUAAAACGUUUAAUCCUUUGUGUUAUGCCUUUAACAGCGUGUGAGAACUUUUACCGGAAGAUUCUGAGAAAAAAGAAUCUAUUGUCGUUGUGCGGAAGAUCGUGAUUGUUAAAAGACCCGAGUUGCGGUAACGAAACACUUCACAUCAUUAAGUCUGUUCUGUGGCAAACAACAUUGAAUAAGCACACGACCUUAAUUAAACUUGAGAUGAUAUAGCAGUUGCUGUGAUCCGUAUAGAAAGUGCUGUACAAACUUUUCUUUAAUAAACACCAUAUGUAAGUAUAAUCGUUAAUACUUUAAACGUAGCAUCAAGUAUUAUUUUUAAAUACAUAUAGUAAUUUUUAAAAUUAGUUAACAAAUUUUAAUUAUUCUACUGGAUAGUUCGAAAAAUUCGUAACAAAUUUUUAAGAAAUUACCUAUUAAUUUAUUGAAUAAUUUCGUGAUCGUCUUAUUAAAAUAUUCUUUUACCUUUUUCAGCGAUAAAUUGUUCAAAGCCGUUUUGCAGGCACGUAAGGCGUGUUAUAAUGUAUUUUUGUCAUUCAGUAUGUUUUGUAAAGAUUUAAUUAAAACGAAGAAUGGAUGAUUAAGUGCAUAUCCAAUGUACAGAUGUAUGUACGUCCAGUACCAGUUCGGAAAAAUGAAAUCUCUUUUGUCGAUUAUUUC